AUGAGAUUGAACUCGACUACCUCAACACUGUGGUAUUUUCCACCAGAUGAUGACGAGGAAGUGCCUAAAUUCUCAGUCAACCAGCUCCAGGACAAUGAUAUAGCCCACGGGUUAAAAGACCUUUCUUCCGGGGAUAUUUUGAGCUUUGAUUUUGAUAGGGAACAAGCUACUAUUACAUUGAAGGUCGCGGGUGUUGAUGCUGGAACUAUCCCGUUGGAACAAGAGACAGACGCAAAUGCCUUUUUGGCUUCCUGGAACCAGGGAUUAAAGCUAGUCAAUGCCAAGACACCAACAUUACUGCGUCCCACAACCUCUUCCAGGAAUUCCGUACAUAGCAACAGAAGAUCAAAGAGAGUAUCAAGAAACAGCCAAACUAAGUCCAUGGUGGCAGCGGACGAUCCAUUGACCAAAGUGACAGAUUUCCUUGCCAAGAGUAGGGACCAGAUACUGGAGCCCAGGGACAUGACUAUUAGAAUACUGACGUGGAAUCUCCACGGAGAGCUCCUGUACGAACAAGAGUCGUUUGAGGAUUUUUCACGAUUGCUCCGAGACCCCGAGGGAGGCCCACUGAAAGACGUUUACAUUUGCGGGUUCCAGGAGACGAUUCCGUUAACGGCGAAGAAUCUACACCAUUCCCCCGUCGCAAUUGAGGGAUGGUGCAAUGCACUUCUUGACUCGUUGAAGAAGUUGGAUCCAAAUGAGGGGUACCGUGUGCUGUCUACAAAUGCUCUUCUUGGACUGACUACCAUCGUGGUCACCAAAGAGACCUGGUUUGAGCAGUUCUCCAGAGUGGAAAGCCAAACGAUUGGGACUGGGCUGCUGGGAGUUUGGGGAAACAAAGGUGCAAUUACUACGCGCUUUGUCCUCGGAGCAGACUUUUCUGCCGGCUUGGACGGUUUGACUUUUCAGCAUAUCAAUUGUCAUCUGGCAGCUGGUGAGAGUGCUGCGGCUCUGUUGAGACGGAGAACAGAACUCUAUGAUAUCGAACACAGAUUUGGAUUAGCUGCUGAUAAAGUGUCUCUUGCUGCAUUUGAAGACAAAGAAGACGAGAUUUUGAGUGAAUCGCUCGAGGAACUGAAUGCUGUCACAGAGGGUCCAAAUCCCAGAAUUAGCUUGGAUUACAGUAGUGACGAAGACGAAAGCUUCAUUCCCAGAAGUUCACUUGACACUGCUAAGAAAGCGAAUGUGGAAAACGCUGUUCAGGCCCUGACUUUGGAUGACGAUGCUUCCAUGAUUUCCUAUGCUUCUGGUGAGCAGCAAGAUGGUAUCCUGUUCAUCUCUGGAGACUUGAACUACCGUGUUGGGCUUUCUCCUGAGAUCGCACAACAUCUUGUCAAAAACAAAAACUACCAGCAGCUUCUGGAAAACGACAGUCUUCUGCGAGAAAAAUCUGAAGAGAAAGUUUUCAUUGGAAUGUGUGAGGGACCCAUAGAGUUCAUGCCUACUUACAAGUAUGUGGAUACCACCGAUGAUUACGAUUAUCUGAGAACUCCAUCCUUCACUGAUAGAGUGUUAUUCUCAGAGCACGAGACAUUGAAACAGACUCAUUACAGCAAUGUUCCGGAGCUGAAAUCGUCCGAUCACAGACCUGUGAUUUCUGAUUUCCAGGUCCGUGUGCCGUAUAUCAAUAUGCCGGUAAGAAAGGCGUUAUUGGCUGGAUAUUACAAGGAACUGGAUGCUCUUGAGAACAGCUCGAGACCGGUUGUGACUGUUACUCCAUUGGACCUCGGAGGAGAUGUAAACGUAUUAACACCCCUAGUGGUAUCUUCAAUAUUGAAGAAUAACGGUGAAACGAACAUCACGUGGAAGUUGUUUGACACUUCUGGUGAGACGUUAAUGAUGAUGAAUCGUUUGGAUGAUGGGGAAUCUUCUCCAAGACCUCGAAGAAGUCAUUAUCAUGCUGCCUCCUCUGAAAGAAGCAAGUUUCUCACGAGUUCGGUCAAGGCAAUUCCAAGUUCGGGGACGCUUGCUGCCGGUGCUUCUCAGAAGUUGGAGAUAGAAGCUAGAGCUCCGAUUGGCGCAAGUACACUUGAGGGGGUCUACAUUCUUCGCAUUGGUGAUGGUCAGGACUUUUUCCUAUCGUACAAGUUUGGCGUUUUACCAACAUUCCUCGGGAAAUCUGUAGACGAUUUGACUGAUGCAAGCAACCAUGGCGGUCUCCCCGAGAACAUUUGUCAAUUCACAGAUUUUUUGAUGGAUAAAGGGUUUCCACAAAUGUUCACCAGAGCCCUGGAUUGGUCUGGACUGGACACAUUGAAUCAAGCUGUCAUUCUUAGCAACUUGGAACAGGAAAUCAUUGCAGAUGUGAAUGAAGGUAGAUCCAUUGAUUACGAGAUGAUUGCGAAAUUUGACAGCAUUUCAGGGCAAAGAAGAGAGGGAACCAGGUCAGUUGCCAACAUGUUCUACCUGCUCAUGAAGAACCUAAAAGACGGCGUCAUUCCACUGAACAUGUCAGUUUAUCUGAUCAACACAUACUAUAAGGGCAAGAAAUCUUUCAAGACUAGGGAAGGUUUAGUCUCUUAUCUGCUGGAUACCAUCAGCCCAGGUAGAGCCAACCUCUUGAUAUUUCUGUGCUCCUUUUUCAGGCAUCUUUAUGAGCAAAAGGGAGUUUCAAUUGCAGUCAUCUACGGAUUGUUUGAAAACUUGUUGGUGCCAUUGCCAAAAGUGUCACGAAUCAGACUUCUGUCGACCUCCAGCUUCAGGACGCUCAAGAAGCGGAGAAGAGAGCUGUUGAACAUUUUGAUCUUGGAUUGA